UACAUCAGAAAUAAUCUAUAAUGAAGAAAAUACCUUGGAAAACUUAUCCAACAGCCUGGGCAAGCUACCUCUUGCAUGGGAAAUUGAUAAAUCAGAAUCUGACAGGGUGACUACAAAUUUGAAACACAAAUCAGGCAAUGCAAAGAAACAAGUUUCCAAGAAAAAAACUUCAGAGAAAAAAGGAAGACAUCAGAGGGAGUGUCCUCAGCAUUCUCCUCUUGAGGACAUUAAAUAGCAGAAAGUAUUAGACCUCAGACGAUGGUACUGCAUAAGCCAACCACAAUAUAAGACUUCAUGUGGCAUCUCCUCAUUAAUUUCUUGUUGGAAUUUCUUAGAUAGCACAAUGGGAGCUGGAAGUCUUCCACCUAUUACACAAGAAGAGGCUUUGCAUAUUUUGGGCUUUCAACCCCCAUUUGAAGAUAUCAGGUUUGGCCCUUUCACUGGAAACACAACACUCAUGAGAUGGUUUAGACAAAUUAAUGACCAUUUCCAUGUAAAAGGAUGUUCCUAUGUUCUAUAUAUGCCUCAUGGAAAGAACAAAACAGCUGGAGAAACAGCUUCAGGAGCCUUGUCGAAGUUAUUAACAUGUGGAUUGAAAGAUGAGUCACUGGCUUAUAUCUAUCAUUGCCAAAAUCAUUAUUUUUGUCCAACUGGCUUUGAAGCAACUCCCCUGAAAGCGAAUAAGGCAUUCAGCAGGGGUCCUCUCUCACCACAGGAAGUAGAAUACUGGAUCUUAAUUGGAGAAUCAAGUAGAAAAUAUCCUGCCAUCCACUGUAAAAAAUGGGCAGAUAUUGUUACUGAUCGAAACACUCAAAAUCCAGAGUACCUAGAUAUCCGGCACUUAGAGAGAGGGCUGCAGUUUCGAAAAACAAAGAAGGUUGGGGGAAAUUUGCACUGCCUCAUAGCCUUCCAGAGACUUCACUGGCAAAGAUUUGGGCUUUGGAACUUUCCCCUUGGAACCAUCAGACAAGAAUCACAACCUCCAGCACAUGCCCAGAGAAUCGCUAAAUCUGAGAGUGAAGACAAUAUUUCCAAGAAGCAGCAUGGGUAUCUGGGCUGGUCCUUCAGUGCUAGUUUCCAUCAGGACUCAGCAUGGAAAAAGAUGUCCAGCAUCCACGAAAGAAGGAACAGUGGCUACCAGGGCUACAGUGAUUACAAUGGGAAUGAGUGA